CCUGUAUCCCGGCUGCCUUAUUCAGUGAUGCCCGGGGAACGGCACUAAUUGGCACCGGAGCUGGAAUGAAGCCUGGAUGCAACCACAGCUUCACUUUAAAGCCUGAGAAGAGGAAAAUAGGGAAGGGGAAACCCCACUGGGAGAGGGGUGCUCAUCCAGCUUUGUGGAAUGACCCCCCAAAUAUAAUCCCCAAUGCUCAGAGACUUAAAACCCACUGGAUUAUCCACAGCAGAGACGGCAAAACUUAACCAUGCUCAACGGGGUGAUGCCCCCGACAUUGAGAAUCUUCCUGGGAGUGGGAAAACAUGGAAUUGGGGGGGGGGGGGGGGAACUGCGAAUCUGAGUGUUUUUCCCCCAAAUAAAUGUCAGCUCGAGGCCGCCGGGGAGGCGAAAUCCACCAGGACACAGGGCUCUAUUGAGAAGGGCAAGAACAACAACAAAAAAAGAAGGGAAAAAAAAAGAAUUUAUCCGGGCGGAACGCCAAGCCGGGAGCUCCGCGGGACGUGCCCGGAGUUGGGAAGCGGAGGGAUUCGGGGGGCGAAAUGUGGGGAGCGCCGGCCGCCCCGAGGGGCCACCCCGGUCCCCCCUGCUUGCUGCUCCUGGCUCUGCACACAGGUCUGCUGGCAGGGGUGAACAUCACCAGCCCCGCGGCACUGGUGCGCGGCACAGCAGGCAAAGCGGCGCUGCUGUCGGUGCGCUACGCCAGCGCCAGCGCCGACAAGCCCGUGGUCAAGUGGCAGCUGAAGCGAGACAAACCCGUCACCGUCGUCCAGUCCAUCGGCACUGAGAUCAUCGGCAACCUACGGCCCGACUACCGGGAUCGCAUCCGGGUGCUGGAGAACGGCUCCCUCCUCAUCAGCCCCUUGCAGCUGUCCGAUGAAGGGGCUUACGAGGUGGAGGUGUCCAUCACCGACGACACCUUCACCGGCGAGAAGACCAUCAACCUCACUGUGGACAUCCCCAUCUCGAAGCCUCAAGUGCUGGUGGCCUCCUCAACGGUGUUGGAGCUCAGUGAGUUCUUCACCCUCAACUGUUCCCACGAGAAUGGCACGAAGCCCACCUACACCUGGCUGAAAGAUGGGCGGCCGCUGAGCAACGACUCCCGCCUGCUCCUCUCCCCUGACCAGAAGAUCCUCACCAUCACCCGCGUCCUCAUGGCCGAUGAUGACGUCUACAGCUGCCUGGUGGAGAACCCCAUCAGCCAUGGCCGCAGCAUCCCCGUGAAGAUCACUGUCUACCGCCGGAGCUCUCUCUACAUCAUCCUCUCCACGGGUGGCAUCUUCCUCCUCGUCACCCUGGUGACUGUUUGUGCCUGCUGGAAACCCUCCAAGAAGGAGAAGCGACAAGCAGAGACACAACCAGCUUCUGAAUACACAGAGCAGGACGAGGAGCGUCUGAAGCAUGAGGGUGAGUGCUGGUGGUGCCUAACACUGGGUAACCAACACAACACCGUGAUAACCGACACCGUGCCUCCAACAGCUGAGACCAUCCCACGGAGCGCUGAGCACGAGCGCAAGAAUCCGGUGGCCUUGUACAUCCUCAAGGACAAGGACUCUCCAGAGGCAGAGGAGGACGCGGCGCCGGAGCCCCGUGGCACGGUGGAAGCGAGUUACCCCAGCUCUCCGGUGCCAGCAGCCGGCCGCUCGCCGGGCCCGGUGGGUCGCUCGACGCGGCGCUACCAUCGCUCCCCGGCACGCUCGCCCGCCUCGACGCGCCCGCACCGCUCCCCGCCGGGGUCACCCGCACGGUCCCGCGGCGCCCCACGGCUCCUGCGCACCGCCGGCGUCCACGUCAUCCGUGAGCAGGAGGAGGCCAACGCCGUGGAGAUCAGUGCCUGAGCAGGGGGGACACGUGUGUGCCUGCGGUGGCACCGGGCGAGUGGGGACAGCGGGCACCGGCCGGCUCGGCGUAAAGUCACUAAUUUGCUAUUGAUCCCA